AUUUUAUUUGUUUUUUUUAUUUUCUAAUAAUUAACAAUUUCGCCUCCUUCUUCUCUUCCUCUUCUUCACUCACCUCCAUUUCUUACACACGCACAACAGUUCCCCUCUGAAACCAUUUGUCCUCUUCUUCUUCUCUCUCACCCCUCUCCAUUUCUCUGCAGACCCAUCAAAACCCAUCCCCCAUCGCUUCAACAGUGACAACAGCUCACUCUUCACAAUAAUGAUGAUGGACGCAGCAGCAGCAGCCCUGAAGGGCGGUGGCGGCGGAAGGGUCGCCGUCGCCGCCGUCGUCGACGACGACAUGGGCGACGGCAUGCAGUGCAGCGACCACCCUUACCGCAGCAACCCUGGCGGGAUCUGCGCCUUCUGCCUCCAGGAGAAGCUCGGCAAGCUCGUCACCUCUUCUUUCCCGCUCUCCGUUCGCGCCUCCACUUCCUCCUCCUCGUCCCCUUCCUUCAGAUCUGACGGCCCUUCAGCGGCGGCUUCCGCGGCCGCCACUUCCCUCGCGCUUGCGGACUCAAUGAGUAAUGGCAAUGGUACUCAUAAUACUAAUGGUCAGUACAAUAGUAGUGACUACUACAGCGCUUCACUCCGCAAGGCGAGGAUCCCUUUCCUGCUCGCGAAGAAGAAGAAGAAAAAUCAACACGACGUCGUGUUCAAGCGCAGCAAGUCCACCGCGGCUCCGGGGAGGAGAUCCGCCCAUUUCUUCGACGACGGUGAGGAUUUCACCCCUCGCAAGCGCGGUGGGUUCUGGUCUUUCCUCUACCAUUCGACCUCCAGCAAUCCCAAAUCCAACCUCGUUGGGGGAUCGUCUCUGUCACGAAGAACAGAGAUGGUGGUUGUGGAAGAAGACGAAGAAAGCCCCAAUAGCCAAGCGACGAGCUCCAACUCUGCUGCCUCGUCAUUCGAGAGGAAAGUAUCUCGAUCUAGAUCCGUUGGUUGCGGGAGCAGGAGCUUCUCGGGUGAUUUCUUCGAGAGAAUCUCAACUGGGUUUGGCGAUUGCACGCUGAGAAGAGUUGAAUCACAGAGGGAAGGCAAGCCGAAAUCUGGUGGGGCUAUGAAGGAAAGGGUAAAGUGUGGUGGAAUCUUUCGUGGGUUCAUCAUCACUUCAUCAUCUUCAUCGUCUACGUCAUCAUCGUACUGGGUUUCAUCGUCAGCCGAGGAGAUGAAUGGGAAAUCUGGUGGCAAUCAUUUGAGCCAUGGAAGGGCGAGGAGCUGGACCUGGGCUUUUGCUAGCCCAAUGAGGGCGUUUGGAGGAAGCAAUAAACCGUCUGGUAAAGACAACGGGAAGAGAGAUCAUCAUCAGGUUAUCAGGGAGACUGGGAAUAGGAACUCUGCUGCUGCUGCUCCAAACUUGGCUGCCAUUCCUUCAUUGUUAACUGUGAGCAGCUAA